UUGCAUUCGCUUUCCACCUCUCAGCGUCCCCUCGGAGUCCUGGGAGCCAGCCUGCUGGGAGAACCGGAGGGUCCGGAGCAAACCUGGAGGCUGAGAGGGCAUCAGACGGGAAAAGACUGAGCUAGCCACUCCAGUGCCAUACCGAAGCUGAAGGGACACACCACGCCAGCCCCAGCUCAGCGACAGCCAAGCCUGUUGCAGCGCGGGCGGCUUCGAAGCCGCCGCCCCAGUGCUGCCCUUUCCUCUCCGGUGAAGUUUGUAAAAGCUGCGGAGGACUCAGAGGAAGCAAGGAAAGUGUCUGGUAGGACUACAGCUGCCUUUGUCCUCCUCCCCUCUACCCCCUACCCCCUCCUGGGUCCCCUCUCCAGGAGCUGACUAGGCAGGCUUCCUGGCCAACCCUCUCCCCUACACCCCCAGCUCUGCCAGCCAGUUUGCACAGAGGUAACUCCCUUUGGCUGAGAGCAGGCAGGCGAGCUUGUUGCAAGGAAGGCUUUUGGGAGCACAGAGACUGAGGAGCAACAGCACGCCUGGAGAACCCCUGGUUCCAGGUUCUCCCCCUGCACCUCCUCCUGCCAGCCCCUCACCCUGUGUGUGGAGCUAAAAGUCAAAAGAUGAAAAGGCAGUCCAGGUUUCAGUAGCCGACAACAAAACAAAAGCUAAAAGAAACCAAAAAGAAAAUAGUCUAAUUCUUAUUUGCACCUGCUUCAGUGGACUCUGAAUGUGGAAGGCAGAGGAUUUCCCUUUCCCCUCGUCAAGCUUUGAACAUCUUUUAAUCUGUUCUUCAAGUAUUUAGGGACCGACUGUGGAACUAGCAGGGCAGAUCCUGUCUAGCGCUUGCCUUGCUUUACAAGAUACUUUGAGACUAUCUGUGCGCUUUUUUUUUCCUCCUGCAAGUUUUCUUCCCUGGAGCUUCCAGCAGGUGGGCAGCUAGCUGCAGCUACUACAUCAUCAGUCAGUUGAACUCUUUAGAGCAAGAAACAAGGAGGCAGGAUAAGGGAAUUCAGUGGAAGAUACAGACAAGCUCAAGGAUGGAGGUGCAGUUAGGACUGGGAAGGGUCUACCCACGCCCCCCGUCUAAAACCUAUCGAGGAGCUUUCCAGAAUCUGUUCCAGAGCGUGCGCGAAGCGAUCCAGAACCCGGGCCCCCGGCACCCUGAGGCCGCAAGCACAGCACCUCCCGGCGCCUGUUUGCAGCAGCGGCAAGAGACUAGCCCCCAGCAGCGGAGGCGGCAGCUGCACGGCGAGGAUGGCUCUCCCCAAGCCCACAUCAGAGGCCCCACAGGCUACCUGGCCCUGGAGGAAGAACAGCAACCUUCACAGCAGCAGUCAGCCUCCGAGGGCCACCCUGAGAGCGGCUGCCUACCAGAGCCUGGGACUGCUACAGCUCCUGGCAAGGGGCUGCCGCAGCAGCUACCAGCUCCUCCAGAUGAGGAUGACUCAGCUGCCCCAUCCACGUUGUCCCUGCUGGGCCCCACUUUCCCAGGCUUAAGCAGCUGCUCCACGGACAUUAAAGACAUCCUGAGCGACGCCGGCACCAUGCAACUUCUUCAGCAGCAGCAGCAGCAGCAACAGCAGCAGGAGGUAAUAUCCGAAGGCAGUGGCAGCAGUGCAAGAGCAAGGGAGGCCACUGGGGUUCCCUCUUCCUCCAAGGAUAGUUACCUAGGGGGCAAUUCGACCAUAUCUGACAGUGCCAAGGAGUUGUGUAAAGCAGUGUCUGUGUCCAUGGGACUGGGUGUGGAAGCAUUGGAACAUCUGAGUCCAGGGGAACAGCUUCGGGGAGAUUGCAUGUACGCGUCGCUCCUGGGAGGUCCACCCGCGGUGCGUCCUGCUCCUUGUGCGCCACUGGCCGAAUGCAAAGGUCUUCCCCUGGACGAGGGCCCGGGCAAAGGCACUGAAGAGACUGCUGAGUAUUCCUCUUUCAAGGGAGGUUACGCCAAAGGUCUGGAAAGCGAGAGCCUGGUCUGCUCUGGCAGCGGUGAAGCAGGUAGUUCUGGGACACUUGAGAUCCCGUCCACUCUGUCUCUGUAUAAAUCCGGAGCGGUGGAUGAGGCAGCAGCAUACCAGAAUCGCGACUACUACAACUUUCCACUGGCUCUGACCGGGCCCCCGCACCCCCAGCCCCCUACCCAUCCACACGCCCGCAUCAAGCUGGAGAACCCUCUGGACUAUGGCAGCGCCUGGGCUGCUGCAGCCGCGGCGCAAUGCCGCUAUGGAGACUUGGCUAGCCUGCACGGAGGGAGUGCAGUCGGACCCAGCACCGGAUCGCCCCCAGCCACCGCCUCUUCUUCCUGGCACACUCUCUUCACAGCUGAAGAAGGUCAAUUAUAUGGGCCAGUCGGUGGGGGUGGCAGUAACAGCCCCAGCGAGGCAGGGCCUGUAGCUCCCUAUGGCUACACUCGUCCCCCUCAGGGGCUGGCGAGUCAGGAGGGUGACUUCUCUGCCUCUGAAGUGUGGUACCCCAGUGGAGUGGUGAACAGAGUACCCUAUCCCAGUCCCAGUUGCGUCAAAAGUGAGAUGGGACCUUGGAUGGAGAACUACUCCGGACCUUAUGGAGACAUGCGUUUGGACAGUGCCAGGGACCACGUUUUACCCAUCGACUAUUACUUCCCACCCCAGAAGACCUGCCUGAUCUGUGGCGAUGAAGCUUCUGGCUGCCACUAUGGAGCUCUCACUUGCGGCAGCUGCAAGGUCUUCUUCAAAAGAGCCGCUGAAGGGAAACAGAAAUAUCUGUGUGCCAGCAGAAAUGAUUGUACCAUUGAUAAAUUUCGGAGGAAAAAUUGUCCAUCUUGUCGACUCCGCAAAUGUUAUGAAGCAGGGAUGACUCUGGGAGCUCGUAAGCUGAAAAAACUUGGAAAUCUAAAACUACAGGAGGAAGGAGAAAACUCCAAUGCUGGUAGCCCCACUGAGGACCCAUCCCAGAAGAUGACAGUAUCACACAUUGAAGGCUAUGAAUGUCAACCUAUCUUUCUUAAUGUCCUGGAAGCUAUUGAACCAGGAGUGGUAUGUGCUGGACAUGACAACAACCAACCUGAUUCCUUUGCUGCCUUGUUAUCUAGCCUCAACGAGCUGGGUGAGAGACAGCUUGUGCAUGUGGUCAAGUGGGCCAAGGCCUUGCCUGGAUUCCGCAACUUGCAUGUCGAUGACCAGAUGGCAGUCAUUCAAUAUUCCUGGAUGGGACUCAUGGUAUUUGCCAUGGGUUGGCGGUCCUUCACUAACGUCAACUCCAGGAUGCUCUACUUUGCACCUGACCUGGUUUUCAAUGAGUACCGCAUGCACAAGUCUCGGAUGUACAGCCAGUGUGUGCGGAUGAGGCAACUGUCUCAAGAAUUCGGAUGGCUCCAGAUAACCCCCCAGGAAUUCCUGUGUAUGAAAGCCCUGCUACUCUUCAGCAUUAUUCCAGUGGAUGGGCUGAAAAAUCAAAAAUUCUUUGAUGAACUUCGAAUGAACUACAUCAAGGAACUCGAUCGUAUCAUUGCCUGCAAAAGAAAAAAUCCCACAUCCUGCUCAAGGCGCUUCUACCAGCUCACCAAGCUCCUGGAUUCUGUGCAGCCUAUUGCAAGAGAGCUGCAUCAGUUCACUUUUGACCUGCUAAUCAAGUCCCAUAUGGUGAGCGUGGACUUUCCUGAAAUGAUGGCAGAGAUCAUCUCUGUGCAAGUGCCCAAGAUCCUUUCUGGGAAAGUUAAGCCCAUCUAUUUCCACUCACAGUGAAGAUUUGGAAGCCUUCAUAGUCGAAUGCACCUUGUUCCCUUUUUCAGACGUCUUCUGCACUACUUCCCUGCAGUGCCUUGGGGGAAAUUCCUCUACUGAUGUACAGUCUGUAGUGAACUCUCCUCGGUGACAUUUCCUGGGCUUUCCUUCUUUCCUUUCCUUCUUCUCUCCCUCUCUUGCUCCCCCAUGGCACAUUUGGAAUCUGCUGCCUGUUGUGGCUUCUGCCUGUGUUCUGAGUUGUGUUGUAUUUCUUUGACUUUGUGGUGACCCUCGUGUGGCCCACUGUCAACUGUGCUCGCUUACAGCCCUGAGCUGUGUGCCAACCACGCAAGUGUUUGCUCACCUUAUGCCAUGUCAAGUUCAGAGAGCUCCAAGUAUCUGGGGGAAGAAACAGACAUAGAAAAUAAAAAGCCAAGACAGCAUUCUAGGGUUAGUUCUUCACAAUAAAUAAGUAAACAUAUAGGAUUCCCAAAGAAACCAACUAGGAGAAAGUAAAAAUCCCAGGUACAUGAGGAGUCACUGUCUCUGUUCAUCCUGUCUCUCUGUGGGAGAGUUCAGCUGUUGCUAAUGGCUGUAGCCAUCAAAGAGCAUCCGACCCCAAAGCUUACUGGUAGGAUAGAGAGAAAAUAGGACAAGGAGGGAGGAUGGAUAGCCAUUACUUCCCCACGGCCUUUGUCCCUGAGUGCUAGUGUGCUCAGUAGCAGUGCAGUUCGUUGUACUGAAAUGUGCUUCAUGUCUGAAAACUUGUCUGCAUGCGAAUACCUCCUCCUUCAAUGUCUUUUCUCUCUUAACCUCUGCUUCCACCCUCAACUGACUUUCAAUAGGUUUUCUAAGAGCUUUGAACUAAAUGUUCUCUUUAGCCAAAACUUUGGCCACUUCCACUGAAGUUAGGUCAGUGAGAAGAAAGCAGAGAGAUCUGACUCUUUGAAAGGCUCCAUUCAGAUCUAUGGCUACAUUUCUGUGUGGGAGCCAUAGAGGAGUUUGGGGGCUGGAGUCAGAGGAAAGGGAGUGAUGGCAUCACUCCCUUUAGGGACAGGAAAUGGUUGAUCCCUUGGUGAACCCACCUUUUCCUCCACUUUUAAAGGACCUAUAGACUCCUUGCAGCCACCUUUUCACUCCACAGUUCUUCAGUGUUCGGUGGGCCUGAACUUCAUUCUAAUGCAUUUAAGCCAUGGUGGUCAAGCUUGCUCACUUCUUUGGGCAUGUUUAUAGACACUGCUAAGGUCUCCCUCCCAUCACCACCAUGAAGCUUAGCAGACCAAGAGCCACAGCAUCUUUGUUUAGAUGCCAACAGUAUCAAAGACAUCUCACUCAAUGUCUUUCAUCAACAGUCAGAUUUCUGGAGCCCUUAGAUAAAUUUAAGAGAAAUCAUCAAAGGGACCAGACAAACUGGGCAGCUUUCCCUUGUCCUCCAGAGACAAUAUACUCCUAUCAAGUGGAGAAAUGUCAAUUUCCUCCUCAGAGUGAUGAAAGCAGCUACCCAGACCAUGGUGGAGGAGAAAACUAAGUAACCAGGCUGGGUAAAUGAAGACACUAGAACCAGAAAGCAUAAAAUGCUGUCCUUUCCAUCCAUCAUGCUUACUCUCCGGCAUACUCACAUGGGAAGAAGAGAGGAGGCCAAAAGAGAAUGCUGACUGCCAGUCUUCCGAGGCAAAGGCUAAAGUCAAAUGAACAGCACCUGGCUAGAUGGGCACCGGUUUGCUCAUCCUCCACUAUUGAAGUUGCUGAGUUGACCUUGGCCAAAGUCACUCAGAUUCUCCACCAGAGUGGUUGCCUCUCAGUCAGAGGGUGCAAGAUCACUGAGACAUUCUAUAGAACUGUGACUCCCAUUGGACAGAUCUGUCUGGUGUGGCAACAAACAGACUACACCCACAAACUCAGGGCAUGCCCUGGGUCACUGGUUUCAUAUAGUCCGUUGGCACCUUACUUUUUCUGUGGACUCUGCUCCUCAAUCUCGAGUGCAGGAGGAAUUCCCACCUACUCUUGCAUUUUUACAAUUCCUCCUCACUCAGCUCUUCACUUUACUGCUGAGCUUGCGAAUGCAAGGGCCAGCCCACCAGCUGCCCAUCUUAGCUGGUAUAUUGAGUUGAUUGAGAAGAUAGUGUCUGAGUGACACGAUAUGAGACACAUGAGUUUCCUUCCCUAAUUUCUGUGUUGAUAUUAAUAGCAAAACAAACUUGCAGAACAAGUUCAUUAAAUAACAAGGGAAGGAGAAUGUAAGAUCGGUGAUAUGACAGUCCGACCCUGCUGGACUAAAGCUGAACCUGACAGGUUCCCUUUUUUGAGCUAGGAUAGACAGAUUCUGAUUUGCUUUGUGAUGAUACCAUAUGGCUUAUGUACACGAUCUCUAUUAGCUGUAUUUUAAACAGAAAAAAAAAUCACCACUCUUUUCAGUUAAACUAGGUUACAUUUUAAUAGUUCCUUUACAUCUAUUUUGAAGCAAUUUCCAUCUUCUGUGGUACAUGGGUUUUAUUAUAACAUUCUAAUAUUUGUAAAUACUAGAGGUUCUUAAUUCCAUUUUCUCGAUGAAGUUUUUCAUCUUAGAGAGUUCCAGAUAAUGGCUCUUGUCUUUUUGAAUGUAUAUGUUUUUGUUUUUGCUUUUUACUUGCAAAAGCCAAAAAUCAGUGAAACAGCAGUGCAAUUAAAGCAACGCCAAGUAGAUAACUCCAAAUUUCCGAGUGGCGAAACGAGAGAAAACAGCCUACACAAGGCCUAUGCCUGCUGUUUCUGCACUGGGAUUUGAGUGAGCGAUGGAGUCAUAGCUAAGCUGUGCACUCCCACACAGGCAAAGAAGAGAUUGAGUUUGGCUUUUUCGCUUUUUGGAUUUUCUGUUUCCUUUCUUUUUGUUUUCUUUGGCCAUCAAUGUUCCAGCUAGUGUGACUGGCAGAAGUCUCAUCUUGCAAGCACUCUACUUGGCAGAGAGAGUGCUGCUGGUUCAUGGUGCUCACCUGUGAACGCCUGGCCACUGCUCCACUCAGCUGGUAAGAUGGAAGAUGAGGAUCCCUCACUGGACAAGUCAAGGUGAUCAUCUCAGAGGUUUAGAGUGCUUGAUAAGAAUGGAAGGUGAGGAUGAGAAAAAAAGGAGCACCGUGGAGAAGGCCCAUCUGGGCUGGGCAGCAGAUAGCUGCCAAAGUCACGAACUCUGUGAUUUAAAACAAAACAAACAAACAAAAAAAAACAAAAAACAAAAAAACAAAAAAAAAAGGGUCGUGUAUCGCUUUCAACUCUCAUUCACAGGGCAGCUCACUGUGUGUGAAUUCUGAGCUGACAUGGGAGUUGGCUUCUUUGUUCCGUAGAUUUUCUAUGCCACAGGCAAUAUUAUUGUUCUUGGAAAGUUCAUUAUUUUUUUAAAUUACCUAACUCUGAGAAAGGGAUUUUUUUUUGAAGGAUUCUGUCGUAUAUCUUUGAAAAACAGAAAAUCAGUAAUAUGUAUAUUUUAUGUAUGCUCACUGGCUCUAAAAAAGAAAAAAAAAAGCUUCACUCUGUCCUUUGGGUAGUUAAUUGUCCAGGUUGUGAAAUGUGCUGAUGCCAACAUCCUUUUCUGUCCACUCGAUUUCUAAAUACAUAUAGGUAUAUAUAACAAGAUAUAGUCAACACACUUUAAGAAAAACUUAUGUCCACCAUCUGCAUACUCCACAAAUUAUGUGACUUUAAGCUUCAAGCAGCUUCUAACUGUUUGUUUCAUUUAGUACAGACGUGGCCUUGCCCCCUUCUUUCUGCUAAAUUUGACAGGGCACAAAGGCCCAAGCCACCCCUUAUGCCCACCCCAAGACCUAUGCCAAUAUCACACUUCAGAAGGUUUUCUAAACACAACUGGCUUACUGUCCCUGCAUGACCCUAGCAUGGCCCUGGAUAACAAGAGUCUGACUAUAAUUCUUCUGUAUUAAUUGCCAGGGUAAGAGGUCAUUGAGCCAAAAGCAUGGUUCUCAUACUUGAGAACCGUGAAUGCUAACCUUCCCAAUCAAAUCCCCAACUGAAAGUCAAAAGAAGCCAUUUAGCAUGUGAAAUAUCUUAGACAAAGAAGCUUCUUUCCUGGCUGCCUUUACAGACAUGUUUGUUCUCACCACUUACCGCUUUAAAAAUCUUUGAGAGUAUUUUUUUUAAGUAGAAAAGGAGAUGAAAGCAUUACAUUAUGUAACCAAAGAUUAUAUUGUAUCUGCUAAGAUACCAAAAUUGUUAAGGGCAGGGAAGGAGCAAGCAUUAGCGCCUCUUUGGUAAACUAUCCAAAGACAGACUGAAGGGCUUUUCUGAUGACCUACUUAGAGACUUUGUGGGGAGGGGUUGUCUCAUAAUAUACAUAUUUACAAGUGUUGAGGAUCAUUUGGAAAAGAAGAUGGGAUUAUAGCGUCAUUCACUAACUGAUUUUAUAAGCAUAACUAGCUUUCCUUUUUUCUAGUAGUUGCAGAGCAAAUUCUUGAAGCUCCAUCUUUGCAUGGUUGGAAAUGGAGCUGGUCUUGGCCACUGUGUUUGCUAGUGCCCAUGUUAGCUUAUUUGAAGAUGUGAAGCCCUUGAUGAGAAAGGGUGCAUUUAAAAGAUUAGAUUUUGCACUAGAAAGAGGGCAGGCAGAAACCCUCAUUUCUGCCCAGUUUGGACAGCACAAAACGUUCUCUGCAGUUUAAGGCAGAAAGUUGAAAUAUAUUGUAAAUGAGUAUUUGUAUCCAUGUUUCAAAACUGAAUUAUAUAUAUAGAUGUAAUGUGUUCUGAUAGCUUUACCUUUCUCUGCACCUUUAUAUUUGGUUCCAGGUCAUAUCUGAUGCCAUGUACUUGUAAGAGAGGUUGCGGUUACAUUUUGGAUGCUCUCUCAGAAUGGAUAAGACGCCUGGAUUGAUCAGAUAGUUAAUAUCUCUUCCCAUAUUGGGCCUGGUGUUCAGGCCUUGCAAAGGGGUGGAGGAGGAAAGGGUAGGGUACAUGAUGUAUUGCACUUUACUAGCUCAAGACAGAUGAAUGUGGAAAGGGUGGUGGGAUCUCAUUGAAGUUGCCUGGGAAUCGCCAUAGGGAGAAAUCCAGAUGUGGGGCCAGGUGCCCACCAAAAAGACUGGCCAGCAUCCUCUUUGUGGGAUCUGAGCCAUUGGGAGAAGGAAGGUUAUUUCCUUGAUCUUCACCAUUCUUGUUAGAGAAGGGCAGUUGCCUGAUCUUGGGAACCUGGAGCAAAUGCUCCUUCUGUCACAUCAAUUCUUUCCGCUGCGAUUGAGGUGCUUUUGCUACUGGGUGUCCGUGUGCUCUGUUUCUGCUUUGGGAUAUGUUCUGUAAAGAUUUUGAUAAUUGAUAAUGUAUUUUUCUCUGUUAAAAUUUGUUAGUGUACUAGAAGUUAUAUCUCUGUAGGUACAGUUCCAUCACUACUUAUAAAUAGGGGUGUUUUUUUUUCUUCAAUUAAGAGUUUGACACUGGGGUCUGUUGCCCAGAGCCUCCUAACCCCCAAUCAUUCAAGAUGAAGGCAGAAAAGCCCACAUCUUGUCACUUUUCUUCUGAAAUUUCAGCCAUGGUAACAAAUCACUGGGAAUUCUCCUGUCCGUCAAAAGAACAGCAGAUAAUUGAAUUUAGCAGGCAGUGUUUUAGAGCAAAAAAAAAAACAAACAAACAAAACAACCUUUGAUCCAGCUUUAGUAUGACCCACUUUAAUCUGGUCAGAAAACAGGUAAUGUGUACUAAGUUCAGUAUAACGGGGUUCUUCUUCAUUUCCUUGUUCCAUUUGUCUCUUGGCCUUUCAUGGAAUUAAAGGAGAAGCUGUGACUGAACAGCAUGGGUAGCCUGGAAGAGUUUCUAUGUAAGCUACUCAGUAAGACUGUUGUUUAGCUGCAGAUUCCAUUGGCCAACAACAACUGGACGACACACAUAUACAUUACCCAAUGGAAAAUAAACAAUUCUGAAAUAUUGCUAUUUCUCUGCAGGCACACUGUCUGCCAUCUUGUAGUUUGAGUCAUUGUACUCUAUAUGAGAGAUAGACCAGGUUUGUAGUAUCUCAUAACCUUAGCACUGGGUACCAACUGUCAUGGAGGGAGGUGCUUAUGGGGUUGUCCUAUAAGCCACAUUGGACACUGAGAAUAGUCACUAUUGGGAUCCUCCAGGUUGAAAAAAAAAAAGAGUCCCCUCACCACUCUUAGACACACCAUCUGCUUUCCUCUAGACAGAAAGAAUAGAUACUGAUUAAGGAGUGUAUUGCAGAUGACAUCCUUACACUGUCCUUGAGAUUAAUUUGGCAGUAGGAGAGAAUAAACAAUGUAACUAGAGAUAAGAAUUAAAUUUUGAUGUGGAGAGAGCAAAGAGAGAAGGCAUUAUUCAAAAAAUUUUCAAAAGAAACAAAUGAAUUUUGCUUGGAAAGUCUUUUGAUGGGGCUUCAGUUCUCAGAGCGGCACAUGGCCUCCACUGGGCAGCAGGACCGGCCCCAAGCGCUAGCGUUCUCUUCUCUUUUUGUGAUCUUGGACUCCUUUGUUGUUCUAAAUACAAUUAAAAAUGGCAGAAACUUGUUUGUUGGAAUACAUGUGUGACUCUUGGUUUGUCUCUGCGUCUGGUUUUAGAAAUGUCAUCCAUUGUGUAAAAUAUUGGCUUGUUGGUCUGCCAGCUAAAACUUGGCCACAGCCCCUGUUGUGGCUGCAGGCUCAAGUUAUUGUUAACAAAGAGCCCCAAGAAAAGCUGCUAAUGUCCUCUUAUCACCAUUGUUAAUUUGUUAAAACAUAAAACAAUCUAAAAUUUCA